AUGAUCCCUACUCCGGUGUUGCGAUUCAACCCCAUUGCCGACAAGGUGCCCAAAUGGAAGCGGAUCUACCACAAGUGGCGGGGCAUCCAAAAUAUGCCCUUCAAGUCCAAGUACUUUGUGGGCUAUGAUCUGGACGGAAACUCGUACUGGGAGUUCAAGAACGUCAACAACCCCGGCCGAUAUAGACGCAUUGUCGAGCCUGCAAAGCCCGAUCUGUCGCUAGUGGACCACAAAAUCCCCCCUCAAUGGGUCCAGUGGCUGCGGUUCACCCGACCUCAUCACCCUACUCUCGAAGAGCUGAUUGCAGACAAACAACGACAAGAGCUUCUACAGGCCAAGAUUGCAGCCUAUGAGGCCAAGUGGAAAGAGAUUCCUCUCAAGACAGCCGAAAACGCCGACGAGUCGAGAGACAUGUCGUUGGAGGACCAACUCAAACCUACCUUCACUGAGGCUGAGCUGGCUGAGAUGGCCCAGGUGUUCGAGAAGGUGCCUCAACAGGCAGCCCCCGCACCUCCACGUGUUCCCAAUAUGGCUGCAAUUGAGGUGGAAGAUAUCAUCAAGCAUUACCCCGAGAAUGGUCCCGAUACCGUUCUUGCUGACGGAGGACGCCAACGAGACCAUGACCUGAAGAUGGACUACGUGGAGAAGGAGCGAGACGACUCCGGUAAGCCCGCAGAAUGGACCCCCAAGGCGGCUGUGAGAAGAAGAGGAUAA